UGUUCGUUUUGCCUUCCAUCUGGAGCAAGACCAAGGGCGAUCGCGGCGGAGUUCGCCGACGGCGAUCACGGCGGCAUGGAGCCGAUCCUUCGGGAACCUGGCGCCUACCCUCCGGAGUAUGUUACUUCAGAGGAAUUUACACAUAUGUUCUCAGUAGAAUUUGAGCACGAUGGACUUUUCACUGGACUAGGUGAUAGAAGGAAAUAUGAAGGUUGCACACACGAUGUGUUUGAUUAUUAUCAUACUGACAAUUGGUCAAUACAAGUUAUGAACGAUUGCUUGGAGAAGAUUGGAUAUGACACAGCAGAUCCUAACAUACAUGUGUACUGGUGCAUGCCUGAGAUUACAAGUAUUUUGGAUGGUCUGGUCUGUGUGGAUAAUUUUCAAGUAAUUGCGGCAAUGAACAGUGCAAGUAGAGAACAAAAGACACUUUAUUUGCUUGUACUAGAUGAGAAGGAUCACAUAUGGUGCGAUGUGGUAAUUAAAUUGCCAUGAGGAGCUACAUGGGGAGAAGGAACUUCAACUAGAAAUGCUGCAGCAGAUAGUGAACAACAAGCACAUCAAGAAGAGCAAGAGGAAGGAGAACAAGCACAUGAAGCAGCGGAAGGAGAUAGUCAAGUAGAGGGGCAAGAAGAUGAAGAGGCCGACUCUGAAUUUUACGGAAGUGAUUAUGAUGUGGCAGAUGGAGAUGACGAUCUCUUUGAUGAGAAUGUAGACAAUAUAUUUUUAAUCCUAAUUUAUCUAAAUUUAUGUAUAUGGACUGCCUACAAUGCUUCUAUCGUGCAAGAGAAAGAUUGAAUAAAUGCCUGGUA